UCGACCCUCUCGUCCCUCCUUGUCUCUGCUUCUUGACUGUAUUCUUUUAAUUUAAUCCUUUUCUUUCCUCUUUUUCUUCUUCUCCCCUUCCGUCAUAAUGUCCAUCUGGGAUUCGUUCAGCGGCCGCAAGCAGCCCAAGGGCCCCGAAUUCGACGCUUCGUCCGCCCCCGAUGCCAGCUCCUUCUUCUCAGAUGUCGCCAUUCCCGACCCGACGCAGUUGCAUCCUCUGUCCGGCCUGAACCAGGACACGCUCGACUACAUCACCCUCGAAGAUUCCGCCCUCGACGAGCUCCCCGGCUCGCGAUCAGUCCUACCGUCGCGAGGAUGGUCCGAUGACCUGUGUUACGGCGCCGGCACCACCUAUCUCGCCGCGCUGACCGUGGGAGGAGCCUGGGGGUUGGCGGAAGGAUUGAAUAAGACCCCCGCGACCGCACCCCCGAAGAUUCGACUGAACGGUGUCCUGAACUCGGUCACGCGGCGAGGCCCGUUCCUCGGUAACUCCGCCGGCGUGGUGGCGAUGGUAUACAAUGGCUUCAACUCCGGGAUUGGCUAUGCCCGCGGCAAGCACGACUCGGCCAACAGCAUUAUGGCCGGUGCUCUGAGCGGAAUGCUCUUCAAGAGCACCCGGGGUCUGAAGCCGAUGAUGAUCUCCGGCGGGAUCGUGGCGACGAUCGCCGGUGGCUGGGCGGUCGUGAGAAAGAGCUUUUUGUAAUCGCCAACGAGCCCGAAUCCCUCGCGGAACGAACCGAGUUCACCUCCUUAUGUCCACCGUCGUUUUCAGCCAAGCGGGAGGGUGUUGUAUUAUCUACUUUAUUUUCCCUUGUUUUCUCUUUCUUUGGUUCACGCUGUAUUAGAACGAUUCCUUUUUCGUCCCGACUCUCUUCGCUCCGGCGCUCGAAGCAUCUUGAUUUUUGCACAAAUUCCCCAUGGGUGGGACCGGCAUGGUAAUGGGUUUUGAUAGCUUUUCCUGUACAUAUAGCGGUCUCCUGCGGUUUUUAAUGAGCUGGGAGCUCUCAAUGAAAAACAUCAAAGGUGAUUCUGGUCCUGG